UUUGCGUUGUGUGUUUUCAAAGCGGACGGCUCUUCUGAUGAUAUCGACCAGCCUCUCCGUCAUUUAUUUGCCGAUGAGGAACUGGUAAAAUAUCAUGGCCUCAUGAGCCUUAACUCGGUGAACUGGUCUCGUAUCAUGAUCCAGCUGGCGCAUUUCAUCUUUGCAUACUUCCAGCUAAGUGAUAUGGAGCAGAUUGAGGCUCACAAACCACUGCCUGAACUGGAGGCGGUGGUGCCCACUGGGGGAGCAGGUAACAUUGCAGCUGGCUUUAUUGUGAAGAAGAUGGGGUUACCCCUGAAGCUUGUGGCCAUGGUGAAUGCCAAUGACAUUGUUCAUAGGACAGUAACCUCUGGUGACUUUACCAUGGCAACUAAUGUGACACAGACACUGGCUCCUGCCAUUGACAUCCAGGACCCUUAUAACAUGGAGCGAGUAUUCUGGCUGCUUCUGGAAAGAGACUAUGCUUUGGUGAAGAAGAUUAUGAACGAGUUUCAACAUUUACACAAAUAUACUCUGCUUGAAAAGACUUCCUGCACCUAACACAUAGCUAUCCUCUACUUUGUCAAGUGGAACAGUAAAUGAUGAAGGCAUCUUAGAGACGAUGAGGAGAUGUUGGGAAGAAAAUCAGUAUGUGCUGUGUCCUCACACUGCAGUGGCUACAUGGCAUCACUACCAUUGUCCCCACGAUCCUGCUGUUAAAAGGCGUUACCUUGCCACAGCAUCCUCAGCCAAGUUUCAUGCAGCAAUAAAGAGAGCCAGGUUGAUAAGUAACCUACCUAAAGCAGUCAAGGCUUUGGACAAAUUACCCUCGCGUUACCAGAACCUGGAACGCACCUCGAACUGGUCUAAAAACUGGGAGCAGAGACUAAGAAUGACAGUUCAGUCUGUGAGUUUGGCCAGUGGCUUAUUACAGCUGAAUUUAAGAGUUAAACACAAAUUACCAGAGUUUUGGAGAUUUUAUUUGGCAAUCACGAUACAUGCUUUCCAAUACGCGAUUGAUUUUUUAAAUAUGAUUUUUUUUCUUCCGCCACACCUGUCACGUGCCGUGCCAGAGACGCUCGGCCGGCAACUUCCCUCAGCCACACCCCUUCGUUAUCGUCAUAUCUGUCACCUGCUCCCUCUUGCUCUUGUUACCUGAUGUAUUGAAACCCUGCCCGUGUGUUCCUCCUUGUCGGUGUCUACUGUAGUUUUCCGUCCCUGUCCGCGCCCAGUGUUCUUGUCAUCUAGUUUCCCCCCAGUCUUGUCUGGAGGCUCACGGUCAGAUUCUGUUCCGUGUCCGAGUGGACUUCUGUUUGCCUGUCUGCUGGCCGUGAGUCUCUAUCCCGUCUGUGUCUUUGUUGCCCACCUUCCUCCCUCCCAACUCCCUUUUCCCUUCAAUAAACCCUGGUCCAAGCUGCA